AUGUGGCCAUCUGUUAUAGAGGUUCUUCAAAAUUUAAUUGAUGAUGGUGAUCGUUCUUCUAAGGGUUUAAGUAGAACUUUGGUUGAAAGAAUGGAGAGGUAUGAAUUUGUGUUUAUUCUACUAUUGAUGAAACGUAUAUUGACAAUCACAAAUCAUUUGUCAACCAUUCUACAAGAGAAAGAUCAAAAUAUUGUGAAUGUGAUGCAUUUGAUCAAUAAUGUGAAAUGCAAAUUGCAAAAGUUGAGAGAUUCUGGAUGGGAUAUUUUACUUAAGGAUGUGAAGAAGUUUUGUAACACUCAUUCCAUUGAAAUAAUUAAUAUGACAGAUAACAUCAACAGCCGUAGUCGUUUGAAGAGAGAUGGAAAAAAUGUUAAUUUUUAUCUCUACUACCAUGUUGAAAUCUUUUGUGAGGUUAUCAAUAUUAUUCUACAGGAGAUGGAUAGUCGUUUCUCUGAAACAACUACAGAUUUGUUGAUUUAUAUGUCAUGUCUUGAUCCUAGGAACUCGUUCUCUAGAUUUGAUGUACAGAAAUUAGUGCGUCUGGCUCAUUUUUAUACGGAUGAUUUUUCUUGGAGUGAGCAUAUGUUGGUUGAACAAGAGCUUGAAACAUAUAUUGAUGACGUCAGAUCAGAUGAACGGUUUGAAGGCAUUUCAGAUUUGGGAGCUCUUGCAAAGAAAAUGAUUGAAACAAUGAAGAACCGUGUGUUUCCUUUGGUUUAUCGGAUGAUUGAGCUAGCCUUACUUCUUCCAGUUGCUACUGCAAUCGUUGAAAGAGUGUUUUCGGCAAUGAAUAUUGUCAAAACAGAUUUGCGAAACAGGAUUGGAGAUGAAUGA